AUGGAUCCCAUCGAGCCCGCCGACGACCAGAAUGCCCCUAAUGGGAAUCCUCAGGGGUCCCAGCCCAUAGAUGCCGGCUCCGCUAGACCAGCUGGCCCUACUCCGUUGCGCACUCGAGGUGACUCACGAACCCGACGGCCGAGUAUCCGACUAUCGCGCUUUCCGUCUAUCCCCUCACUAGAUAACAUCAAUCAACAAGCAUCUCAACCAGAGACCCAAACACCAAACUUCGAGCGACAACCUAUCCGAUCCCCUCCUCCCAAUGAAGAAGAUGAAGCGGGGCUAUCAGGCCGACGGCGCAGCAGCUCAGAGCCACAUCCAGGUCGAUGGUCAUCCCCACCCCCGAAUGUCCUUACACGCGUGACGACUCCCAUGGGGAUGAUGCCUGUGACCGAAGAGUCUUCGCACCAGAGCCCAACACCGACCUCACCAGCGCCGAUAUUGCCUACUCAUAGCACUCAGUCGGACGUUGAUCUACCUGGCUCGGGACGACUCGAGCCUCCUCCUGCAGUACUGCGUCCGGCGGGUCGGCUUCGGCGAACCAGUCAAGCAGCAUUGAACCGCUUCUCGCGCAACCGGGCAUCAACAAUUUCAGGAGCUGCGCCGACGCUCAAUUCGCAAGACGAGCAACGCGACAAUGAGUAUGGAUCUCACGUGGUCGACGUGCUGGACGUAAUCGAUCCCGAGGUCUCUGCACUUUCUACCCUCACCAAUGUCCAGAACUCUCUCUUUAUUCCCAACUUGGGUGGCUUCAUCAAUCGCAUGCCCACCUACACGAUUACACGACCACAAUAUUCUUCAGACGAGGAGCAAGGAACCACAACGGAUGAGGGGGAACCGCCCGAAGGGGUCCAACCCAAGGACCGCCCGGAAUUGGGGCAACUUCGUCAGUUCGAGACUAUGUCAUCCUUGUGGCGUGGGCCCAAGUAUGCUGUUAUCCCAGAAGGGCGUGGACUCGAGGGGUGGAGCAGAGAAGACUAUGCCGAGCUCAAUGAUCAUGUUCGACACAUGCUUCACUCUCGGCGGUCAAAGUUCAAACGUUCCAUGAAAGGAUUCAGACAAUAUGUUCGGAAACCCCUCGGUUUUCUCGUGACCCUCUACGCCACUUUGAUUACUUUGUUCGGUCUGGCCUGGGUCCUUUUCUUGAUCGGUUGGAUCAACGUUGGUGGAAGACAGAUUUACGUCGUCAAUGUCAUUGAUAACGUUUUGGUAGCUCUGUUCGCCAUCAUGGGCGAUGGACUCGCCCCUUUCCGUGCCGUGGAUACCUAUCACAUGAGUUUCAUCGCUCAUUACACCUUUCUGUCGUGGAAAGUUCGCCGAAAGCGUGCCCUGCCUGGUCUCAAGGACAAGAAUGAUCUUCCGACAAAGCCGGAGAAGGACGUCGAUGUCGAAUUCGGCCAAACAUCCAAGGAAGACGAGCAUGAAUUUUCGGUACUCGAUGCUCGCCAGCAGUUGCGAUUGAUGCACCACCAGAAUAAAUUCGCCAAAUCGCACACUUUCUACAAGCCCCACGAAACCCUCACCCACCAUGCUUUUCCUCUCCGCUUGCUCAUUGCCAUUGUUGUCAUCCUUGAUUGCCAUUCCCUCCUUCAGAUAGCUCUUGGUGCUUGCACCUGGAGUAUGGAGGACCCUAACAAACGACCAUUCGCUCUCACUACGGUAAUUCUUUGCUGUUCCAUCACAUGCAACAUUGCUGGAGGUGUGAUGAUCAUGAUCGGAGAUCGGCGCACUCGAAAGAAGGAUGUUGUUGAGCGCCUCUUCCGUCAGGAACUGACCGAGGAAGCCAUGCGGAAGAUGGAAAAGAAAAAGAUUAAGGAGGAGCGCCGCAGUGCUCAAAUUGAGCGCUCCAGUGCCCAAAUCGAAGGGUCCAACGCACAAAUCGAGCGCCACAGCGCUCAGAUCGAUCGCUCUGCGUCCGGCGGACCCUGA